AUUGGGUGCACAUGGUGAGAAAGUCUGCUUAUAGUUGAAGCCAAAACAGACAAACAGAGACACACACAAAACACAAACAAGAGGAGAGUUGUGGGGAGAGAUGAGAAUGAGGGGUUUGGAGAUAAUAGCAAUCCUUGGAAUAGAGUGGUUGGAGGUUGGGUUGAACACAAUAAGCAAAGCAGCCAUGAGGAGAGGGAUGAACAACUUCAUCUUCAAUGCCUAUUCAACAAUCCUUGGUGUUCUCUUCCUUCUUCCUUUAACCUUCUUCUUUCACAGGAUGACAUCUCCUCCACCCCAGCUCACUUUAUCCAUAUUCUGUAAAAUCUGUCUUCUUGGAGCUAUCGGAUACUGUGUACAAAUGUUUAUGUUUAUUGGGAUUGGGUAUAGCUCCCCAACUACGGCCUCAGCAAUGUCCAAUCUCACCCCAGCUUAUACCUUCAUACUUGCUCUGAUCUUCAGGCAUAUAGUAUUCGACGAGUUCUACACAAUGACGGCUCAGAUUAUCAAAACGGACCCGUGGAUGGAAAAACUAGACAUGAAAUCCAAGAGCAGUGUGGCUAAGUGUAUUGGCACCAUAAUAUCAAUCUUGGGGGCAUUCACUGUGACUUACUACAAAGGCCCACCAAUCAUUUUCAAUUCAACAAGUUCUGCUAGCUCAUCGCAUGAGGUUCUUCAAUCAGAUUGGGUGAUAGGAGGUUUUCUCCUUGCUGCUAGUACUUUCUUGGUUUCAGUAUUGUUCAUUGUCCAGGCUUGGAUUAUCAGAGAUUACCCUGCAGAGUUGAUGGUAACACUAAUUAGUAGUGCAUUUUUGAGUAUCUUAUCGACCACAAUUGCUCUAAAUAUAGUGAAAGAUCCAAAUGUUUGGAAAGUGAAGCCAGAUAUUGAGUUGGUAACCAUUGUGUACUCGGGAAUUUUUAUGGUGUCAUUUCGUAACACUGUUCAAACAUGGGUUGUGAGGAAGAAGGGGCCUGUAUUUGUGACCAUGUUUAAGCCACUUGGGAUGCUCAUUGCUCUUGCCAUGGGGAUUUCUUUUCUUGGAGAUACUCUCUAUUUUGGAAGUGUGAGUGGAGGGGUCAUAAUAGCUCUUGGUGUCUAUUCAGUACUGUGGGGAAAGGUUGAAGAAGAGAAGGCUGUGGAGAACACAAAUGGAGAACACACUAGCUUUACUUCAACCUCUGAUAAUAAAUUGCCUCUUUUACAAAAGAAAAGUAUGGAAACAUAGCAACUUUGUGCAAGAAGAUGGAUUAUAGAAAGCCAUAUCAAACUCAUUUUAAUGAGUUGCUUCCGUGUGGACCAACUACCAUAUAUAUAAAUCCAUGUUUAAUAUUGCACUAAUCAAACUCAAUUUUUUUAA